UGACGCCUCUCUCAUAGAAUACACACAGUGGUGAGUGUUUGAGGAGAGAAAGAAAAAUGUCAGGCGGGCUCAAUCGAUCCUCGAGUGGUCCUACAAAGAAUAUCCUCCCUCCUCAGGAACUUCUCGACGAUCUCUGCAGUCGGUUUGUUCUAAAUGUUCCCAAGGAAGACCAGCAGUCUUUUGAGAGGAUUUUGUUUCUAGUGGAAUACGCGCACUGGUUUUAUGAAGAUAACUCUGUUGAAAAGAACCCAUCACUGAAGUCAUUGACUUUGAAGGAAUUUACUACCUUAUUGUUUAACAAUUGUGAUGUUCUCAAACCAUAUGUACCUCAUAUAGAUGACAUAUUUAAGGACUUCACAUCCUAUAAAUUUCGAGUUCCAGUGACCGGGGCCAUUAUUCUUGAUGAGACUUAUGAACGGUGCUUGCUAGUCAAAGGCUGGAAAGGAAGUAGUUGGAGCUUUCCUCGUGGAAAGAAGAACAAAGACGAGGAAGAUCAUAAGUGUGCCAUUAGAGAAGUAUUAGAGGAAACAGGUUUUGAUGUUUCAGAACUCCUUAAUGAAGACGACCACAUUGAAAUGAUUUUUGGACAGCAGAGAGUGAGGCUAUACAUUGUUUCUGGGGUGAAAGAGGACACUUAUUUUGCUCCACAAACUAAGAAAGAGAUAAGUGAAAUUGCAUGGCAGCGGCUUGAUGAGCUUCAAUCAGCGAGUGGUGAUGUCAUAUCUCGUGGGGUCACUGGGCUCAAGCUCUAUAUGGUUGCUCCCUUUUUGGCAUCUUUGAAGUCAUGGAUCUCAAAGCAUCCCCCUCAAGUAGCAACUAUGUAUAACAAACCUCCAAAAGUUACCGUAUGGAAGGCUAAAAACAGUAAUGGUGGAAUCCCAUCAAUAGCAGGCGAGCGCCAGCCAAGUAAAACUAUACCCGAUGUGCACCUUCCUGAAGCUCAACCAGUGAGCACCUUCAGAAACUUCCGAUUUGAUACUGGUCCGAUCCUGCAAGCUGUGGACACUGCAUUCUCUAACUGAACGGUGAACAAAUUGACCCCCCGGUUGUAAAGCAUUUUCGUGCACAUAUUGAAGACCCAGUGACCCCUUUCGUGGUGAAAUCCAUAUAUCGGUAACGUAGUUGCUGUAUAUCUCUGUGUGGAAUGAAAAUUUAAACUGUGUAUGUACAUUUCUGUACAUAGAGACCUGUUGAUGAGAGAUUAGGUGAGUGAGUAAAGAGUGAGAGUUUGCUUAUUGCCUUCCCUAAUCUCUUUCUUAGUGUAUUUGGUCCAUUUGUUCCUUACUAAGUUGGACUCUUUUAUGAAGUAAAGUGUGGACUUAUAACUA